AUGGCUGCAUCAACAGCCGAUCCCGAGUUCAUGGGCGACGACAAGGGCGUCGCCGACCACAAAGAGACCAUGGUGGCCGAGAUCGCACGCGAUGCCGCCGAGCGCGGCCAUCUUGCCACGGAUCAGUACGGGCAUGCCUUGGUGGAAUUCGACCAAAAGGCCGAAUCGCGCCUACGCCUGAAGAUUGAUCUGUACAUUGUUCCCACCGUGGCGCUGAUGUAUCUCUUCUGCUUCAUCGACCGCGCCAAUAUCGUCCUGUGCGAGUCCACGCCUUUUCGUCUCAUGCUGACCGCCAUGGUUACGCAAGGCAAUGCGAAAUUGGCCGGGUUUAACAAGGACCUGGGCCUGGAGGGAUAUGAUUACAACGCCGUCUUAUCGAUCUUCUUCGUCGCCUAUAUCAUCUUUGAGAUUCCGAGUAACAUCGCAUGCAAAUGGAUUGGCCCCGGUUGGUUCCUGCCGGCCGUCACCCUGGGCUUUGGCAUCUGCUCGGUGGCCACGGCCUUUGUGCACGACAUUCAACAGGCGUCGGGCGUGCGAUUCUUGCUGGGCAUGUUCGAGGCCGGGUUGAUGCCGGGAAUUGCCUACUAUCUGAGUCGGUGGUACCGUCGGAGCGAGCUGGCCUUCCGCCUUUCUCUGUACAUCGUUAUGGCCCCACUGGCGGGUGCGUUUGGCGGACUGCUCGCCUCGGGGAUCCUGACCCUCGAUCACGUCGGAAGUCUGCAUAGCUGGCGGAUGAUCUUCGCCAUAGAAGGAAUUAUCACCAUUGGCAUCGCCUUGAUCUCUUUUGUCACACUGACUGACCGACCCGAGACUGCACGCUGGCUCUCGCAAGAGGAGAAGGACCUCGCCAUUGCCCGCGUCAAGUCCGAGCGCAUUGGCACUACCGAAGUCCUCGACAAGAUCGAUGUUACCAAGACGCUGCGCGGAAUUUUCAGCCCGGUGACGCUAACAACUGCCUUCAUCUUCCUGCUGAACAAUAUCACGGUUCAGGGUCUGGCAUUCUUCGCGCCGACCAUCGUGCAGACCAUCUACCCCGAUGCGAGUGUAGUGUCGCAGCAGCUUCAUACGGUGCCACCCUAUGUGGUCGGAGGCUUCUUCACUUUGCUUUUCCCCUAUCUGAGCUGGCGAUUGGACAAGCGAUUGAUUUUUUUCAUCAUUAGUCCGCCGCUGAUGAUGGUCGGGUAUAUAAUGUUCCUGGCCAGCAAGGACCCCAUGGUCCGCUACGGGGCCACGUUCAUCAUUGCCAGCGGCGCAUUCGCCUUUGGUGCGCUGUGCAAUGCCAAUUCCUCAGCCAAUGUCGUCUCGGACACGGCGCGGUCCUCGGCGAUUGGUACGACGGUGAUGUUUGGCAACAUCGGCGGACUCAUCUCCACCUGGUCCUUCUUGCCCUUUGACGGUCCGGAUUAUCACAUUGGCAAUGGGCUGAACUUGGCGACGUCCACGACGACCUUAAUUCUGGGGGCGUCGCUGUGGGCAUACAUGUCAUGGGAUAACCGCCGUCGCAGUCGGGUGGAUGUCGGCGCGGCAUUGGCGAGCCUGUCGCAGAAGCAGAUCCAGGAUUUGGAUUGGCGCAAUCCCGCGUUCAAGUGGCGGCCGUGA